AUGGCUAUGGUCGCGACCGAAACAAAGGCGCCCCGGUUCUUCGAUGACAGGAAGCCGCUCACAAAUCCUCCAUCAGUCGCGAUAACCCCUUGCGAUCCGUGGCCUCGACCGUAUUAUCUCGAGAAUGGCCUCCGGCGCGUGGCCCCUUAUCAUUUCACGUACAACACCUACUGCAAACAACGAUGGCGAGGACGCGAAAUCCUCGACAUCUUCGCGGCCGAGUUCCGAGACCGGACGCGAGAGUAUUACAAGCAGGCAAUAGAGACGGGCCAGAUCUCGAUCAAUGGGAAGCCAUGUAAAGACGUCCAUACCAUUGUCCAGAAUGGCGAUGUCAUCUCACAUACGCUCCACAGACACGAGCCGCCGGUGACGGCGCAGCCGAUUCGAGUCAUCAACGAAACGGAAGAAAUGAUUGUUAUCGACAAGCCCGCAGGUGUGCCUGUGCAUCCUGCAGGUCGCUAUAACUACAAUUCCGUUGUCGAGAUCAUGAAGGCCGAGCGCCAUUUCUCGUUCAAGCCCUUACCCUGCAACAGACUGGAUCGGUUGACGAGUGGUGUCAUGUUUAUUGGGAAGACGAGCAAAGAAGCGGAGGCGAUCAGUGAGAAGUUGCGCUCGCGGACAGUACGCAAGGAAUACGUCGCGAGGGUCAAAGGUCGAUUCCCAGACGGAGACGGCUGGGAUAAAGAUCCAAUGCGCGGAGGCAUUGUGAAAUGCGAGGAGAGUAUCCUCCAAAUCAGUCCCAUUGUAGGACUCAAUCGAGCCCGAGCGAGCGGGAGAUCCGCGAAGACGUUGUUCAGACGAGUGGCAUAUUAUCCUGACACACCGCAACCGUCGACGAAUUCGGAGGCCACCUCAAAUUCUCAAGAGUUGUCGACAGACGGCCAACCAAUGGGCCAGCCUGCACCAGCAAUAUCGGGCACUGAGAAUGAAGGCUAUAGCAUUGUUCACUGUCUCCCCUUGACCGGGCGGACGCAUCAGAUUCGAGUACACCUACAGUUUCUCGGACAUCCGAUCACCAACGAUCCAAUCUACAGCAAUAGAGCUGUCUUUGGGCCCAGUCUUGCGAAGCAUGAUUCGAGUGGAGAGAGGGACGAGGAGAUUAUAGCGAAGCUGAAACUAAUGGGCAAAAGUGAGGUCUCUGACUCCGUAUCCUACGAGCAGGAGCGACUUGCGAAACUUGUGGACCAGACGCAACAAAUGACUGUGUCUGGGGCGGCUAAGCUGAGCGAUGCAGCACGCUCACUUACAUCAGCAGGGGAGGAUCCGUACUUCAAACCGUUACCAGCAGGCACAUUGCAUGCUGGAUCUCUGACGGGAUCUGACGAAGAUGCCAUGCACAAUGACCCUCAAUAUGGGGCGUUCGUGAAAGCGCACGAUGAGAUGGUGGCCGACUAUAACAAGCGGAAGGGAGAGAAGAUGACGGGGGAGAAAUGUCCAGUGUGCGAUACUCCAUUGUACUCGGAUCCCGGCCCUCAUGAGUUGGGCAUAUAUCUUCAUGCGCUCUCGUACGCUGAUGUGGCCGCAGGGAGCUGGAGUUAUCGCAGCCCUGCACCACAGUGGGCAUUGCCUCCAAAUGGUGUUGAUGGGCCAAGAGAGAUUGGUCCUUGGGAGUAUCGUGGUGAUGAAAUCCUUGACAUAGGCGACGAGAGAGAGGAUGAAAAGGUGAAGAAUCGAAGUGGACUGAUGAAGAACAAAGGCGAACAAGCUCUCUAA